AUACUGCUUUAUCAAAGUAGCAAGCAUUAGUUAUUUAAACUUACAUAAACAUGAAUUUUGAUUUCUCAGUAAAGAUGGAUGAAAGAAGUUGCGGAUCUUUGCCUCAUGUCCCCUCGGAUUAUGUCCAGCACUGGGUUCAAUCAGCACAGCAACAUCUUCAAGCCCUCCAUGCACAAUAUUCUCAUAUGGCUAAUGGUAAUGGUGCUCCAUUCAUGGAGGGAGUUGGAGAGGAGGGCAUGAUGCAUGAAAUGCCUUUUCAGCCACAGCCUGCUGCACAGAUUCAGCCUGUUGCUCCCCAGCAAGCUCCUGCUAAAGGAAAGAGAGGCAGACAAGCACCCAAAGAGCCCAAAGCUCCCAAAGAGCCCAAAGCUCCCAAAGAGCCCAAAGCUCCCAAAGCACCAAAAGAGCCCAAAGCACCAAAAGAGCCCAAAGCACCCAAAGCUAAACCAGGUCCCAAGCCCAAGAAAGCCAAGGUGACCAAAGAGGGAGAGUCAGGUGAAGGUGCACAGGAGAAGAUUGAUGAAACUUUUAAGAAAGUUAAAAGGAAAGUGGAUCGAUUUAAAGGCAUGUCAGAGGAGGAAGUCAUGAAAAAGACCCUGCCAGAUAUCCUUACUGAUAAUCUAGAUUAUGUAAUUAUUGGAAUCAAUCCAGGAUUAAUGGCUGCCUACAUAGGAAGGUGGUUCCCUGGACCUGGAAACCAUUUUUGGAAGUGCCUGUUUCUUUCUGGCUUUACUGAGCAACUGCUAAACCACAUGCAUGACCAGACCCUCCCUGAAAAAUACAGUAUCGGAUUUACUAACAUGGUGGAAAGAGCGACACCGGGCAGCAAAGACCUCUCAAGUAAAGAACUUCGUGAGGGAGGAAAAAUUUUAGUGGAAAAGAUUAAGAAGUUCAAGCCUCUCAUAGCAGUUUUUAAUGGAAAAUGUAUAUAUGAAAUGUUCUGUAGAGAGAUAUUUGGAAAAAAGCCCAAAACUCUAGAAUUUGGCUUGCAGCCUCACAGAAUUCCCGACUCGGACACGGCUCUGUACCUGAUGCCCUCGUCAAGUGCCCGCUGUGCGCAGUUCCCUCGAGCUCAGGACAAAGUGCACUUCUACAUCAAGCUCAGAGAACUCCGGGACGAGCUCAAGGGAGUGGCCAAACCCAAGGAAGUAGAGGAAGUUGAUUACAGCUUUGAUCUCGGCUUGGCUAAAGAGGAUGCUAAGAGGAUGGAAAUUAAGGAGGAGCAGUAUGAUCCUGGAUAUGAGGCUGCAUUUGGAGGGGCAUAUGGGGAACCUGGAAAUGAGGAACCCAAUGGCCAUUGUGCUUUCGCUUCUGGAGAAGCAGGAGCGUCAGUCACAGAGCCUAGAAAUUUAAAUGCAGCGGGUCCGAUACCAGACGGCCAGUGGAUGACCAACUCCUUUGCUGAUCAGAUUCCUGAGCUUGGCAGCUCUUCACAAGCUAAGACUGGAGCUGUAUGAAAAGGAGAUGACAUUAGGGACUUGCACACUCAGCUCCUGUGUUCAUCCACAACUCAGAUCCUGAUCAAGAUCCAGAGCCUCUCUGAGCUUCUUCCAGAUCAGAAGCCCUCAGUGAGAUCACUUCAGAUGACUAUAUUGAUGAUAUAUUUGCAUCUGUUACAUUGGGUACUAAGAAUGUCAUCCAGCAGAAUAGGAUACUGAGCGUGAUUUGAACCAUGGAGACGACUACACGAGCGAAGUUGGCUGCUGCUCUCUCGAACUGUAAACUGUACCUCAGUUCUUCAACUGAAGACUUAAAUACUCUUUAAAUAAAAGAGAAAAAAAUAGAA